AUGGUUUCUGAAUUUAAAGAACUAUUAGACCGCUUAGAUCCAACUCAGGAGCGUAUCCAUUCCACUUCCUUUUGAUGCCAAGAAUUUCUUUAUACUCAUCCAAACCAUAUGCAGACAAUAGUUGACUUAUGGUCAAAAUCAAUAGAAACAAGCAAUCAAAAGAUUGCGCUGCUUUUCUUACCCCUUUAAAUUGGAAUAAAAAUCCUGUUCGAAUUUAAAGAGGGUUAAUUUUAUUUUUAAAAAAAUAUUUAAAUUUUACGAAAAAAAUAUAAAUCGAGCAUAUAUUUUGAAUUUUAAUUUAUUAAUGGAAACAAAUUUGUAUCAAAAAAUGCAAAUUUUACUGAAUUUUUUUAAUUUAAAGUUGGGAAGAUUAGCAAACGACAUAAUCCAAAAUGCUCGAAACGAAACACUCAAAGCAAUGUUCCAAUUUUCCCUCCCACGAGCCAUAACAGUAUCUGCCACGAACCCUGGAAGUAUCCAAGAUAUCAGAAAAGUAUUGAAGGUCUGGGAUGACAGGCAAGUUUUCCCACGUCACAUUAUUGAAGAGUGAGAGAAGAUCUGUGAGAGAGCUGAGUCACAAGGGCCGAAAUCCGAUAGGUCACAGCUCACUUAUGUCAUUAAUUUGGCCAAAAAGAUGAAGAAGCUAAAGCAAGCAGGGCUCGCAGUCGAAAGGUGCCAAGGAGAAGACAUAAGAAGGGUAGCUUACGCUGAGCAAAAAGCUAGAGAAGAAGUAAUCAAGGAGAUUGUUAGUGCUAUGAAGAAAGUUUACCAUGGAGACUUGAACGUAUCGAUCCAUCUUCAUAAGAUCAACGAGAAAUUAAAUAAAAUUGAAGAGAUAGAAUCAUAA